AUGUGGAGAACAAUACAUGAUAAAAAUAUUGACAUCCCAAAGUAUCGAGUAAGCUGUAAAAGGUCAGGUACACAUAGCUUUGAAUCUCCACAAGUUGCCUCUUCAUUUGGAGGAGAAAUAAAUGACCACUGCGGAUGGAUUGUAGAUUUAAAUAACUUUGAUAUUGAAGUAAUGUUUCUGAUUAAUGAUCAAGACGUUAGAAUAUGCAUCACCUUAACAAAAGAAAGUCUACACAGAAGAAAUAUUGUUAAUUUUGGCAGGACGACUCUGAAGCCAACCAUUGCUUAUGGCAUGCUCUGGCAUUGUAAAAUACAACCUGGAGAUGUUGUAUGUGAUCCUUUAUGUGGGAGUGGGAGUAUUCUUAUAGAAGCAUUGGCAUCGAUGAAUUCAAGCGUCGUUAUUGGAGGGGAAAUUGACUACAGGUUGAUCUUAAAAACGCUAGAUAAUUACAAAAGUUUUCUGGAAGAUGCUGAAAUUGCCAGAGAAAAGAAAUGGGCUCAUUUUGAUAUUUUCAACUGGGAUGCCUGCCAUAUUCCACUGAAAAACAGUUCCGUUGAUGUGAUUGUCAGUGAUCUGCCAUUUGGAAAAAGGGUUGGUUCACACACGUCCAACAUGAAACUGUACCCUGGCGUGUUUAAUGAACUAUCAAGAAUUGCUCAGGUGUCAUCUGGUAGAGCUUGUUUACUCACUAAAGACAAGAGAAGUUUAAUUAAGUCAAUGAACAUGUUCAAAGCAUAUUGGAAAAGAGGACCCACAAUGAGCAUAAACAUUGGUGGACUAUCUGCUUGUGUAUACGUUUUAUAUAGAACAGCCACUACUUUUUCGUAG